AGCUUGAGGGCCAUGGCGGAACCUGCGAGGAGACGCGGCCGGAAACCCCGAGGCAGAGGCGGAGGCGUCGGGCGAGGGGCCCGGGGGGUCCGGGGGGCCCGGGGCGGCCGAGGACGACCUCCCCGGGUCCAGCAGCCUCCAGCCCGGCACGGUCUGGACUCGGUGCUCGUGGAUUUAGUCAGCGACAGCGACGAGGAUGUCUUGGAGGUCUCCACGGCGUGCGAUGUCGCCGACCCGGCUGAGGUCCCAUCCCCGGCAUCUCCCGUGCCGGCCAAGCCCCGGGUCGACAGCGACAGUGACAGUGAAGGGUCGGAGGCGAGGCCUGCGGGGGCCCCCCGGGCCGUGGUCCGGCAGCGGCGGCGGCGGCUGGUGCUGGACCCAGAGACCGCGCCGGUGGUGCCGGUGUACUCGGGCAAGGUGCAAAGUAGCCUUCAACUCAUCCCAGAUCACUUGUCCCUCCUGAAACUGUACCCCGCGGGGGAUGAAGAAGACACGGACAUGGCUGACUCUAGCAGUUCUCAACUUGAGGAUUCCCUAACCACAAGCUCUCCCUGGAAGAAGAAGCUCCGGAGUAGCGAUGAGAACAAAGAGAAGGAAGAGAAGGGACUUCUAGUAGAGAAUGAUUCUUUGCCUCCGUCUGCACCAAGGAGCAAAAGCAGAAAGCACAGUCGGGCGCUCAAGAAGUUAAGGGAAGUGAACAAGCGCCUCCAGGACCUGCGAUCCACCUUGAGUCCCAAGCAACAGCAGGAGCCCAACCCCCAGGGCCAGGACGACGAGGUGGUCCUGGUGGAGGGACCUGCAUUCCCCGAGCACCACCGGCUCUUCCCACUCAAGAUUCGAUGCCGUGCUGACCUGGUCAGGUUGCCUGUCAGGAUGUCGGAGCCCCUACAGAGUGUGGUGGACCACAUGGCCACCCAUCUUGGGGUGUCCCCAAGCAGGAUCCUCUUGCUCUUUGGAGAGACGGAACUGUCCCCUACCGCCACCCCCAGGACGCUGAAGCUCGGAGUGGCCGACAUCAUUGACUGUGUGGUGCUAGCAAGUUCUUCAGAGGCCAAGGGAACGGGCCAGCAGCUUCGGGUGCGGGUGCAGGGGAAGGAGAAGCACCAGACGCUGGAGGUGUCGCUGUCUCCCGCGUCCCCUCUCAAGACCCUCAUGUCCCGUUAUGAGGAGGCCAUGGGACUUUGCGGACACAAACUCUCCUUCUUCUUCGAUGGGACAAAGCUCUCGGGCAAGGAGCUGCCAGGCGACCUGGGCAUGGAGAAUGGGGACCUCAUUGAGGUCUGGGGCUGAAAGCCCACACCCCUCUGUCUGGUGGAGAAGGCCUGUUCCUGCUGCAACUCCCCUGUCCACUUUUUGCCCAGUAAAUGCUAGCAAAAGUUUAACUUGAAGCUGCUGCAAACUCCAGGAGUGACCUUUGAGGCCUGCCGUCCACGCUUGGCGUGAAGCCUGGCUGCCCGUGUGCUGGCUGCGCUGUGCUGGCCUGGCUGCGGCAGCCUCACAUGCCGGAGGACAAUCUCUGACCCUUAGUGCUUCCCCUCCGCCGGCAUCUUCCUCUCCUUCGUCAUCGAAGCACGUGUGCACUGAGGUGGCCCUCAGGCUUGAAGGAGGAAUUCCAUCAGUGAGGGGAGCCUGGAGUUGAAGGGCUGGCCGUGGCCUUGUUCUCCUCCCAGAGCUAGUGGCACAGUCUGCUAGAGGCACGAGUGCUACUGUGUUGGCCCGCACCCAGUCUUCAGAGUUUAUCACCUUUUUUCUUCUCCCUCCCCAUCUUCAUCCAUUUCUCCAUGUUUUGCUGAUUUUUCCCAACAUAUCUUUGGAUGUGACUGUCUCCUUGUAAGAUGUUUGGAGUGCGAAUUUGCUUUGACUGCACAUUCUGCGCACCGAGCCAUCAGUUCUGUGCUUUGUUCACGCACUGAGUGUGAAGAUCCAGCCCCGUUGCUGAUUUGAGACCUAUGUCACCCAGCGCGCGGCACCACUGGCCACAUUUCGCCAACACAGCCCAGAGUUGGUGCCCGUCGGUGCAUCCCACUUCUUGUCAUUGCAUACCAGGCUACGACGCAAACCCAUAUAUGUGCUUGCUGGGGAACUUCUGCAGCAUGCUUACCCAGAAUGCAAUGACAGAUCCUACAAGGCCAAUUUUUCUGUGGUUUUCUAGAUUUUUUUACAAAGUGGAAUUGAUCCUUCUCCCCAGAAAAGGUUUCCUUCUCUGUAUUGUCUUCUCCAGCACUGGCUGUUGACCAGCUAACUCCUUCAGUGCUGCCAGUCUGGUGGGUGGGUGUAAAUGGGCUGGCACUGUAUUGAGCUUGUACUGAUCCGAGAACCUUCUGUUGACUUUUUCUCACACACAGCACCCUUUCUGGCCUCUCCUCCAGUGCAGCCGCUCGUUGCCUCACUUCUUAGCCUUCGGCAGUUUAUUCUCAGGAUCUACUUGCAUAUUACUGGGCGGUUGCAAA